AUGGCCUCAGAUAAAUUUAAUUUGCUCCGGGUCGCUGCUGUAUUUUUUUUGACAUUUCUAGUCGAUGUAUCAGCUAUUCCGUACCCACAUCAGUCUCAACUUGGUAAACGUUCUUCAAUUUACGGAUCUUCAACGCCACUUCAGAAGCGCGGAAUGUUUGCAUCCGCCUAUCUGACUCCCCAGCUCAUAGGAGAUCUUCUUAAAAGCAAUGAGAAACUUGAAACACUUCUAGAGGAGAAAGAUAAACACAUAGACACUGAACUACUUCAAGAUGACAUUCAAGGACCAUGUCUUCACGGUAUAGAUGUCACCACCGGAAGAUGCCUAUAA